AUGGGCAUUAUUGUCCCCGCCUUCUGUUUAGUUUACUGCCAUCAGAAUAGGAGGAAAUAUGAACAACGAGACUCCUUCCCUCUUGGCAUUCCCGAUCUCUCUUUUGCAUUAGUAACUCGGUGUGCCAUCAAAAUGGAUUUGAAGAACGCCUACGACUCAGUGCAUUGGGAUUUCAUUGGCGCGUGCGUGUAG